AUAACAUAAACAUCGCUAGUAUUGUUAUCACUCAAUGAGCGAAAAACAACAUCUCGCCACCAAUUCUGUUCUGAAGCGUUGGCUGUAGGACAAAAAAUAAAAUCUUGUAAGCAAUUGACGACUCAACGAAAUCGAAGGUGGGUUCAAUAUCAACCAGCGGCUUAAAAUUCUUUCCAAGGAGAUAGUUAAAGAGAUUAACUAUUGCAGUGACGGAACUGUUCAUCGUGUGACUGAAAAGAAUUUGUCAUCAUGAUCCUUUUAGUAUGCCCCUGUUUGAACAUCCGAGUCCAUGGUCGUGGUAGUACUUUCAAUUUAGAAGACGCUAGCAAGCUGAAUCUUCCUGAAAGUAUUAUGAACGACUCCUUCUUUGAAUCCCAAGUUUAUCCAGUUACUUUAGAUUUAGCUGGAGUUACUAUGUCUCAAAAAGUACUCUGCAAAGUCCGUUGUGUAGAAAAUUGGACUGUUACUACAUGUGCUUGCUGCACAAUGGAUGUAUUUGCCAAACGUAUUGAUGACAAUGAUACAGUCCUUGUGAGCUCUAGAGUUGAGACAAAUGCCAACUACAUAUCAUCUUUAAUGGAUUCUGAUAGAUACUCUUCUUUAUUUAAACUGAUUUUGCCUGACAUAAAUGAUAACUUUAUUCAAAACAACAUUGGAAUUGAAUUCCAAAAUGGAAAUAUUGACAGUUCAAUAGAACAUGUUCAGACACAAGUGUCUAACUAUUUGAAGGCUGAGCAAAGAGCUAUGGAAGAGCGUAUUAGGCUGUUUACCGAAGAACAACAAUCGAUUUAUAGUAAUUUGUUGCAAAAAGUCAGGAAAAACAAACAAGCCAUGGUCUACUUAAUGAUCAAAUGUAAAGAAAGUCAAAAUCAGAUUGAAGGUGAUGUAGUGUCAGAAUCUUCAGUAGGAUCGCCUUCUGUUCUAAAUAAAGAUUCAGCGAAUGAUUCAUCAACAUCUACUGAUUCUGCAUUUGAUAGAAGUGAAACAAAUGAUCCAUCUACAGAUGCUGCUGUAAAGCAACAAAAGCUUAGAGCUUUGAGAAGAACAGUAUCGAAUCCAGCUCGUUCAAGAACAAAAGUCAAGCGGGAACUGAAACGUGCACCUGCCAGCAUUGAUGUUGGAGGUGUUUUUGAUAUGGAGGAGUUUGAAACUAAAGAGUCAUAUUCCUGCAACUCUGAUGAAGAGACUGAUGAUUCUGAAAAUGAAACUUCAACUGAUGUAGCUCAAGGAAGGCCAGAGCAAUUCUCAUGUGCUACAUCGCUUCCCAUGUCCAUUCCAACGUUAUCUAAUUAUCCACAUUUUUCCCUACAUGAAGAAGAGGAAAAGGAACCUAGUCCUAAAGCUCCAGAAGAUAUUGCUGCAAGUAUGAGAGCUCUUGCUUGUAGUGUUCGAGAUGGUACGGAGAUGUUUGGUGAAUUACCACGAAGGCGUUUGAAUACUGGAGAACUCCUGGCUUUUAGGCCAUUUUAGUCAUUUUGUAUUUAUUUACAUUAUUUCACGGUGCUGGUAUGAGCUGUAGAUAUAAAUUACAUUGCAUGUAAACAAUGGCUUGCAUUCAUUGAAUGUAAGCAAUAGUUUACUGCCUUUUAAGUGGAUUUCCAACACCACUGACUUCUGCAUACUGUUCAUGCUGUGGUAUCUAGAAGUAUAAGAAUGUAUUAUCGGGGUGUAUGGCGAUAUAAGAUUUUUGAUGUCUUUGAUGUUAAUUCGUUUUCUAUUCAGUUAGUAAGCAUCUUUACAUUGUAUUGGACUGUCCUUAAGUAUGGAUUAUGAGAAGAGCUUGUGUUGUGUAUGUGUGGUGCAAACAUAAAUAAGUAGUUCUAUUAAUGUUCUUUAAACUGUUCAAACAAAAGUACUCCUAAAUGUGCUGCCAAAUGUUACAAAUUGCAUUUGUUACAAACCCUAAUACUCGAAAUGUCAGAGUAAAGCACAGAAAAUAUAUUUUCAAAUAUUAUUAUAUUUUUUACCUAAUUUUGAAUGCAAAAGAGUAGCACAAAGUGAAUGAUUGUCUGUUGUUUAUCACCAAUGGCUAUGUUAUUAAGUAAUUUGAAGUAUAUUUUAGUGUUAGUAGUAGUAAUUGUUAAAUGAAUUAUUUUGAGAUUAUUAAUAAUUAUUGAGCAGAUUUUGUUUAUAAGAUAUAUUGUAGAAAAUUUCCUACUUUUACUAUAUCUAUCAAUGUUGAUGAUACUUUUAUAAAAUAUUUUAAUAGUGUAAUUACAGUACAAGCCAUACUGCUUCUAGUCUCAGUCACUAAUAACAUUGUAUUAAUUUCAAUAAGAUUGCAGUUAUGAAUUUCUCUUCUGAAAUUGAUCAUAUCGUUUUUAAUAAUCUUCUCUUAAAUUAUAACGAAUUGACAUUUAAAAUGUCAAAAGAAUCUUUCAAUCGACAGUUACUGUUAUAAUGUAAUGUACAACAUAAUGCAUUUAACUUUCUUUUAUGCAAGCUUACAUUUUUUUAAAAUUACUUUCUUCAAUCAGUUUAAAUUGUUUCUGAAUACUUUUUAAAUAUCAUUAUUUAUUAUAUUUCAAGUAACAUUUCAUUAAGUUUUGAAAUUUUUAUAUUUAUCUUAUAUUGAUUAAUACUGUCUAAUACUCUGUAAAUACAUAUGCUUUCUCUUAAUAUUUCCAAUCUUAGUGCAUAAUCGAAUUUGUACGAUUUUAAUUAUUUUGUAUCAUGAAUCUGGUUCCUAGAAGAGUAUACUUAAUAAGCAAGCUUUAUGUAUACAUUUUAUCAUAAACAAAUUAUUUUUAGAAUCCCAACAUGAAAGCGUUAUGUAAAAUAACAUCCAAAAUUCAGUUCACAGAUUAAUCAGUUUUGUUUUUUAUUAUGGUUUGUAAAUUUACGAUUUGAAAUCGAUCAAAUUUAUAUUUCAUCACUUUUGACAUUAAUAAAUGAUUUGAAAUUUCUGAAUGAUUUUAGAAUUAAAAAUUAAGGUGUUGCUAAAAAGGAAUUCAGGUAUGAUUGAAAUCAUAUGAAAAUAUUAAUUUUAAAAAUUGAGAUCACACUAGUACUACCUGUUGUAGAGCUUUGGUAGAUUUUUUUUAGAGAUAUAGGGCACAUUUGUAUAAGAUUUGUCAACCUUUAUAUGAAAAAUCUUAAGAUUAAGAUUAGCUUUAUAUCUAAUCAAUUAUCGUAUUUUUUUUUUCGAUCUAGAUUAAAUAAAUGAUUAUUUAUGAGAUGAGCAACUUUUUUCUCCAUAAUACGAAUCAUGUUAACUUAUUAUUUUUGGGGGUCGAAAAAUAUUUUUUCAUUUUUGAAAUUAUCUGUGAUUUUUGUAUUAUAAAGAUGAUCAAAUCUGAUUUUUUGUAUGAAUAAAAUAUUUGAAUAUACUGUUCGUAAUGAAUUUUCUUGGUAUACAGUGUAUAGUACAAAUUUAUAUUAGUCAAUAAAAAUAUUUUUGAAGAAAGUCUAUAUGUUGUUUGAAAGUUCAUUAAAAGUGUAAAAUAGUUUUUACCAGACUUUAAAGCCUUUCCUCCCCUUUAAAAAAAUUUAUAAAAUAAAAGGCUUAAAAUUGAUAGAGGACAAUUACAUUAUUUUUUAUGAAUUGUGUAUUUUAAUUCCUUACUGCAAAAUGGAUACAUAAUUUGGAAAUAAACGAAAAUUUAUUGGCAAGCAUUUUUUUGAAAGAAACAGUUAUCAAACUUUUAACAUUAAUAAAUGAUUUGAAAUUAAUUUGUAGGCUAUUUUCGAACUUUUUUUGCACUAUUAUUGAAUAUUAUUUUUUAAUCCAAAAUUAGCUGGCUUUUUCUAUCUACACACGAACUGUAGAUGAGUAUGAAUAUUUGUAACAAAAUAAAAUUAUUAAAUGC